CGCCGCCGGGAGUGACGUUGCGUAAGCAAUAUGGCCGCGGUGUGUGUGUAACGUGCGUUGCUGUUUACAUGGUGAACCUUCUCACUUCCAUCCAGUUGAGAAGUGCGAAAGAACGGGCGAAACAUGUCUCGUCUUAUCGUGAAGAACCUGCCGAAUGGCCUGAAGGAGGAUCGCUUUCGCAGCAUGUUCGCCGCCUUCGGCACCCUGACGGACUGCUGCUUGAAGUUCACGGCAGACGGAAAGUUCCGCAAGUUUGGCUUUGUGGGCUUCAGAUCGGAGCAGGAAGCCGAGAAGGCGCUGCAGCAUUUCAAUAAAAGUUUCAUAGACACCUCUCGAAUAACGGUGGAACACUGCAAAUCCUUUGGGGACCUCACAAAAGCAAAACCUUGGAGCAAGCAUUCUCAGAAACCCAGCGUCGGCUCAGCCACCGUCAGGGAGUCCGUAAAACCAACGAAGAAGCAGCCGUCGGAGGACAAGACCAAUGAGUUGGACGCCUCCACUGAAUUUCAGGAGUUUGUAGCGGUGCACAAAAAUCGCACACAGGCCCCAGCAUGGGCCAACGACAACCUGACCACACUGAAGACGGGGCCCACGAAGGAGGCAGCUGCAUCCGAUUACCUGAACUUUGACUCCGACUCUGAGGAGAAAAGUGAUGAAGAUGAGGAUACACAAGUGAAUGCCGACUCCAAUAGCAGUAAAGCUAAAAGUACGGCCCUAUCGGAUAUGCAGUAUUUACGCACAAAGGUUGUGAAGACUGUUGAAGAGAGUGACAGUGACACUGAGAACGAGAGCGACAGUGAACAGGAUGAUGAAAAAGAGAAACUGGUGCCAGAGAAGGAGAGUGAGAGUGGAAAAGGAGCUCCAUCUGUAGUGAAGCCGGAGAAAAAGACAGCGGGCAGCAAAGCCAAACAGCAGAUGGCACCUACUACACUUUACACUGUGAAGCUCAGAGGGGCACCAUUUAAUGUAACAGAGGAACAGGUCCGAGAAUUCUUUACUCCUCUAAAGCCUGCAGAUAUUCGCAUUGUCAGGAAUAAUCAUGGGAACAAAACCGGUUGUAUCUAUGUUGAUUUUAAAUCUGAAGACGAGAUCAAGAAGGCUAUGCAAAGAAACAAAGACUAUAUGGGUGGGCGCUAUAUAGAAAUUUUUGCUGCAUCUGCUCCUAAACAUAGUGGUGCAGGUAAACAUCAAAGUAAACCAACUGAAUUUAGUCGAAAUUUGAAGGAAGACGAGGAAGAGGAGGAUUUGGCAGAAUCUGGAAGGAUUUUUGUCCGGAACCUUCCGUAUACAUGUUCAGAAGAAGAUGUGUCCAACCUGUUCAGCAAAUACGGCCAUAUCUCAGAAAUCCAUUUCCCUAUAGACCACUUGACCAAGAAGCCAAAGGGCUUUGCCUUUGUCACCUUCAUGAUCCCUGAGAAUGCCGUGCAGGCCUUUGCAGAGCUUGACGGACACGUAUUUCAGGGCCGAAUGAUCCACCUUAUUCCUUCAACAAUCAAGAAAGAGAAAGCAGAAGAGACUCUUGGCAACCUGGCGGUGUCCUCCUACAAGAAGCAAAAAGCUCUGAAGGAGAAAGCAACCAGUGGCAGCUCCCAUAACUGGAACACUCUGUUUCUGGGCACCAAUGCGGUUGUGGAUGUCAUUGCUGAGAAGUACAACACCACAAAGAUCCAAGUUCUUGACCACGAAGCCAAAGGAAGUAUGGCUGUGCGUGUGGCACUGGGAGAAACGCAGAUUGUUCAGGAAACCCGACAGUUCCUGCUUGACAACAAAGUAAGCCUGGAUUCCUUCAGCCAGGCUUCAGGCCCCCGUAGUAAGACGGUCUUAUUGGUGAAGAACCUUCCAGCGGGCGUGCAGUUAUCUGAGCUGGAGGCGGUAUUUGGCCGGUUUGGCACUCUUGGGCGAGUCCUGCUUCCUCCUGCUGGCCUGACUGCUCUCGUCGAGUUCCUGGAGCCCACUGAGGCAAAACACACCUUCACUAAACUGGCAUACACUAAGUUCCAGCAUGUGCCACUGUAUCUAGAGUGGGCUCCCGUGGACGUGUUCUCCGAACCUUAUCAAAGGCCACACGAUAAAGAGAAACCUGGCAUCGCUCAAGGUGCAGAGGAGUCAGAGAAGAAAACAGAGGAAGUCGCUCGUGGCGAAAGUGUCGAAGAUCAGGAAGAAAAGGAGGAGGAGGAGGAAGAGGAAGAAGAGAGUCUACCAGGGUGCACCCUCUUCAUUAAGAAUCUCAAUUUCUCAACAACUGAAGAUGUUCUGAAGAAGACAUUUUCAAAGUGUGGAGUCAUAAAAAGCUGCACCAUUUCCAAGAAGAAAGACCGAUCAGGAAACCUGCUGUCGAUGGGCUAUGGUUUUGUGGAGUACAAGAAACCCGAAUCUGCCCAGAAGGCUCUCCGCCAGCUCCAGCAUUGCCAAGUGGACGAUCAUCAGUUAGAGGUGAAGUUAUCAGAGAGAGCUACAAAACCCACAGUCGUAUCAACAAAGAAAAAGCAGACGGCCAAGAAACAGACCAGUUCCAAGAUACUGGUGCGCAACAUUCCGUUCCAGGCCACCGUACGCGAGAUCCGGGAGUUAUUUAGCACUUUUGGAGAGCUGAAGACGGUCCGUCUGCCCAAAAAGAUGAGCGGGACCGGCCCGCAUCGAGGAUUUGGUUUUGUUGACUUCCUCACCAAGCAGGAUGCUAAGAAAGCAUUCACUGCCCUGUGCCACAGUACCCAUCUGUAUGGGCGCCGCUUGGUCCUUGAGUGGGCGGAUUCAGAAGAGACCGUGGAAACCUUACGAAGAAAGACUGCCGAGCACUUUCACGAUACGGUCAAGAAGAAGAAACACUCUGAGGUAAUGGAAGACAUCAUGGAGCAAAAUGGAGGAGGAAGUUGAAGAACCUGUGAACUUGAUUAGCAAAGGAACAAACGGUCACAAGGAGAGCCCCCCACAGGCCGCCUUCGACAGACCAAUUCUGAAGGUCCCAAUCACAUGGAUCCUUUUCACGACAACCAAGAACGCUGAAGUCGGCCAUGCAAAGAAGUUGAGUCCAAAGGUGGUGAGGAAGGCGCAGCUUCAUCUGUGCUUUCUGUGCUCUGCUCUUUGGUUUCAUUCAAGUAAGCAACAGCAAAGAUGCAAUGUGAGAGUUAAUUAUUUUUGUAAAAUUGAUUUUUUUUUUUCUUUUUUAAGUUAUGGAAGAAGACUGCUCAAAAGA